CGCCGUCGUCCUGCAGUGGUCGUCGCAGACGUUGAAGCUGAAAGGCCCGUCGCUUUUUUAGCCGCCUCUCAGCUCGUCCUCUUCUGUAUCGUAGUAAAGUUGUUUCCUCAGCCACCUGUUCUCACGUUGGUCUUUUGGUUGGACAGGGUCCUCCAUGUGGAUUGAUUUGUUGUUUACCUGCUUUGUCGCCAAGGACCUAGCAAUCAGCACGUAACCCUGGACGUGACUUCCUCUUGUUUCUUGUCUGAAAGUGGAACGGGUUUGCCAUCAUGUCCUCUUUUAAACUGGAUUUUCUCCCUGAGAUGAUGGUGGAUCAUUGCUCUUUGAAUUCUAGUCCUGUCGGCAAGAAAAUGAACGGGUCUCUGGACCACCCCGACCAACCAGAUGUGGACGCCAUCAAGAUGUUCGUGGGCCAGAUUCCACGUUCUUGGUCCGAGGAGCAGCUUCGCGAGCUCUUCGAGCCUUUCGGUGCCGUCUACGAGAUCAACGUUCUGAGGGACCGCAGCCAGAACCCUCCACAGAGCAAAGGAUGCUGUUUCAUCACAUACUACACCCGCAAGUCUGCCUUGGAAGCACAGAACGCUCUUCACAACAUGAAGAUUCUUCCAGGGAUGCACCACCCCAUUCAGAUGAAGCCGGCUGACAGCGAGAAAAACAACGCUGUGGAAGACAGGAAGUUGUUCAUUGGAAUGAUCUCCAAGAAGUGUAACGAGAACGACAUGCGCUUGAUGUUCUCGCCGUAUGGACAGAUUGAGGAGUGUCGGAUACUGCGAGGCCCUGAUGGACUCAGCCGAGGUUGUGCGUUUGUGACUUUCACAGCCAGACAGAUGGCCCAGUCCGCCAUCAAGUCCAUGCACCAGUCCCAGACCAUGGAGGGCUGCUCCUCGCCCGUCGUGGUCAAGUUUGCCGACACUCAGAAGGACAAAGAGCAAAAGCGCAUUACGCUGCAGCUGCAGCAGCAGAUGCAGCAACUCAGCGCCGCGUCCAUGUGGGGCAACCUCACCGGCCUUGGCAGUCUGGGGCCUCAGUACCUUGCACUUUACCUACAGCUGCUGCAGCAGUCCGCCUCCACAGGGAACACACUCAGCAACCUGCACCCCGUUUCAGGUCUUAACGCCAUGCAGAACCUGGCUGCCUUGGCAGCAGCAACUGCCACGCAGGCCUCAGCCACUGGCUCCAGUGCCAUGACAACAUCAAGUAGCCCACUAAGUGCUCUAACAAGCUCAGGCUCCUCCCCCACCUCCAGCAACACCUCCUCAGUCAACCCCAUCGCCUCUCUGGGAACGCUGCAGUCUCUGGCUGCCAGCACUGGAGCUGGUCUCAACAUGAGCUCUCUAGCAGCAGGCAUGGCGGCUCUGAAUGGCAGUCUGGGCUCUGCAGGGUUGUCUAACGGCUCAGGAAGUACCAUGGACGCGCUGAGCCAGGCCUACUCUGGCAUCCAGCAGUAUGCCGCCGCCGCCGCCCUGCCAAGCCUUUAUAAUCAGAGCCUGCUGUCCCAACAGAGCGUCUCGGCCGCAGGAAGCCAAAAGGAAGGUCCAGAAGGUGCCAACUUGUUCAUUUACCAUCUCCCUCAAGAGUUUGGAGACCAGGACCUGCUGCAGAUGUUCAUGCCCUUUGGAAAUGUAAUCUCUGCCAAGGUCUUCAUUGACAAGCAGACCAACCUCAGCAAGUGUUUUGGUUUCGUCAGCUACGACAACCCGGUGUCGUCGCAGGCCGCCAUCCAGUCCAUGAACGGUUUCCAGAUCGGCAUGAAGCGGCUGAAGGUGCAGCUGAAGCGCUCCAAGAACGACAGCAAGCCGUACUGAAGCCAGGCGUAGUUAGGAUAGAAGCUUCUCUGGUAAGUGGAGUCAGAACCGUGCAUUAUGGGACAACCCCUCACCCCUCACGUGCACACGUGCGGCAUGCACAGCUGAGGCUACAGACUGGAUUCUUUCCGUGUUGUUGUGGUUCCUGCACUUUGUUUCCCGCGAUCACGGACGACAAACUGGCGUGUUUUCAUUGAACUUGUUUGCUGUGCUACCUUUCCACAUUUAUGACUUUGAUUGUUAAGACGUCUUGCACUUUGACAGUGUGGUGCCCCAAAUCUUCGUUUCCUUUUUUCUAAACUAUCACUUUCACUUCAGCCCCCCAGCGAACAAACACAUACACACACUUUCCCUCGAGCACACACAUUUUAUACUCGGUGUUACACCGGCUCACCUGAAGAGGGAGCCCCAUCACAGCAAAUGUCCUCCAUGUUUUCACAACAGAAGCCUCUAAAACGCCUCAAAGCUGUCAAUCCUGCAAAUGCUCUACUUCAUCUUUUUUUUUUAAAGUUCUCGAUUCUGUCUCACAUUCAGUCAAUCAUCGUACUUUCGUUUUAGUGACCCGGCUAACAGAGACACUUCCACAAACGUCCCUCGGCGCGCUAGCAGCAGGCUAUCGUCUUUCUCUGUUGACGUCACAUGACUCCACACCAAAACCUGCUAGUUGCUCUAAGGAAUCCAUUUUUUUCUGUGAGUUUUUUCGUGUCUUAGUUGGACGUGAGGCAGUGAGAUGUACAUUGAAGGCUCUGCCUCUUCUAUUUUUAUAAAAGGUUUUAUACUUCUCCUGUGUGCUGGGGAACUAUUUAUUGCCUAAAUUAUUUAUCUGGUGUAUUUUACGAAGACAAAUGUGUCGAACAACUCAAAUGGAUUUCCCGGUGUGUGCGUGUAUGUUGCUGUGAUCCAGUCACGUUAACUGUCGCACACACUCAGCUGUCCAUCCUCUAAUGCUGAUGUGAGUCAUAUUAAUAGUUACUAUUAGUCACAUUAUUCUACUAUAGUCAACUCCAUUCAACAAUUCUAUGUUGCAGUUGACCUUUUUAGUCUCUCCUUGUCACUCUUAUGUUUGAACCCUAAAAGAUCAAGUACAAUUGUCAUUGGCAGGGAAAGAGUUAAACAGGAGUCAUGUGAUUCUCAUUGGCCACCCAGGUGUGCCCAUUAGUAAGCCACACGCGGUCACGGUUAGGAAACAAGCGGGCGCCGCACGGGGACAACAGUAUUUCUCGCUCUUUGGGCUUAAUAGCCGCGGUUUGUCUGCUGUGUUGUUUCUACAUCACUUCCUGUGCGGGACACGUCCUCACAUAUGUUUGGAGAGACAUUUUUAUUUUUUGUGCAACUAAAGCAAAAAUGGUUUUGCUACCAAAAAGGAUAUGGUAUAUUGAAAUAAUAACGAUAUAUACAUAACCAAAAAGUUUUUGGUUGCAAUUUAUAUAUUUAACAAAAAAUGUUUGGGUUACAAUUUUAUUUUGUGGCAAAAACUUCCGUAAAAAUAUUUUUGGGUUGCAAAUUUUUUUUUUUUUAGCUGCAAAUAAUUUUUGGGGUUGCAAAUAUUUUUUGGGGGGUACACAUAUUUUUUGUGUUGCAAAUAUGUUAUUCGGUUUGAAAAAACAAUUUGCAAACAAAACUGGAUUUGAAAUACAGUAAUAAAAAAAUACAUAUUUUUAUACAAAUAUUUUUUUGGGUUGCAACUUUUUUUUGGGGGGGUAAAAAUAUUUUUUGGGACGCAGAUAUUUUUUGGUGGGUACAAAUCAUUUUUGGGGUGCAAUUAUUGUUUUUUUGCUGCAAAUCAUUUUUUGGGUUGCAAAUAUUUUUUGUGGGGUACUCAUAUUUUUUGUGUUGCAAAUAUUUUAUUGGGUUGGAAACAAACAGUUUGCAGACAAAAUGGAUUUGGAAAUACAGUACUAAAAAGUACAUAUUUUUAGACAAAUAUUUUUUUUUUAGUUGCAAAUAUUUUUGGGGUUGCAAAUUUUUUGGGGAGGUAUAAAUAUUUUUUGGGUUGAAAGAAUUUUUUGGUAUGCAAAUAUUUUUUGUGGGGUACUCAUAUUUUUUGUGUUGCAAAUAUUUUAUGGGUUGGAAACAAACAGUUUGCAGACAAAAUGGAUUUGGAAAUACAGCACUAAAAAGUACAUAUUUUUAGACAAAUUUUUUUUUUUUAGUUGCAAAUAUUUUUGGGGUUGCAAAUUUUUUGGGGAGGUAUAAAUAUUUUUUGGGUUGCAAGAAUUUUUUGGGAUGCAAAUAUUUUUUGGGGGUACAAAUCAUUUUUAGGUUGCAAAUGUUGUUUUUUCUAGCUGCAAAUACUUUAUGGGUUGCAAAUCAUUUUUUGGGUUGCAAAUCAUUUUUUGAGGGGCACACAUUUUUUGGGUUGCAAAUAUUUUAUUUGGUUGGAAAAAAAACUGUUUGCUAACAAAAAAUUGAUUUGAAAUCCAAUAAUAAAAAAUACAUAUUUUUAAAAAAAAUGUUUGUGUUGCAACUUUUUUUUUUUUUAGUUGCAAAUAUUUUUGGGGUUGCAAAUUUUUUUGGGGGUAUAAAUCAUUUUAGGGGUGCAAAUAUUUUUUGUAGUUACAAAUAACUUUUUUGGUUGCUAAAAAUAUUUGGUUGCCAAUCAAUUUUUGGUUGCAAAUCUAUUUUUUGGAGGACUUUAUGCACACGUUUUUCUAAGUUCAGAAUAAAUGUACCAAAUUGUCCAGUGUUCAACAGUUCGUAUUCGUCUUUGGUAUUUCCCUCCGAAUGUGUUGAGGGCGGAAGUAGUCAGUCAACGUCAUCAUCCGAGACUGACCAAUAAAAAGGCUUCUGACAUAUUGUUCAGAGGAGGUCCCGCCCAUUAACAUUGAAACUGAGUCAUAACCAAAAUGUGUUUGCAACCCAAUAAAAGAUUUGUAACUAAAAAAUAUGAUUUGCCACCCAAAAAUAUUUUGUAACCGGAAAAGAAAAUUGUAACCAAAACUUUUUUUUGUUUGAAAAUAAAAAAUUUUGGGUAGCAAAUCCAUCAUUUUCGUUUGCAAAUAUUUUUUGGGAGUUUCAUAUCCAUUUUUUCUUUGGUUGCACAAAAAGACACAAGUUUCUCUCCAUACAUGUGACAUCAGAGUCAACUUUUUGCCUCGUCUUUCGUUACCAGGUAUACUACUUUUGUUGCUUGCCGCCAACCGGGCCGUGCGAAAGACCGCCGCUGAGCCACGAAAAGAGAAACUUAUUUUUAUAGAAGCGACUGUUCGAGAGAGAGCCAGAAUCUGUUUUUAUCGAUACCCACGUUGUGCGCGGUCCUCCCAGUGUGCCCGACCCUCUGGGUUGUUGUGGUUUUUGUGUGUCUUUGUUUUGAGUGCUGACGUGUGCGUCCUAAAUUAUGGGGGAAAUAAAACACAACUUUUUGAGCAAAGAGUGAUAUAUUUUUUGUUGUUGAAUGCUGGCAAAGAGUUCCUACCUGACGGAUGAUGUUGAACAUCCAGGCCCCCCCCCCCCCCCUUUUUUUUGUGGAGAAUCAUCCAGAGGAUCCACAGAACCGCUUGUUUUGUCACAGUAGUUUUAAGAUGCAUGUUUUUUUAUAUAUACAGUAUAUCUGCACUGAGAUUCUUGACAAAAUGUGAUCAAGUUUGUAUUAAGUUUAAAAUGACAAAUAAACUGGUGCCAAAUGUUUUGC